GAGGACACAGAGGAGCAGCAGCUGGAGCCGUGGCCUCAGUCUACAGAGCCGCGGUGAAGAUGGAGCACCGGGUCUUCAUGUUGGCCGCUGUGGCUCUUGUCCUGGCCGCAGUUUGCACAGCCCAAGCCGAAGUGCUGGAGUCCUGCAAAGGGGACUAUGUUUGCCCUAACUUCACUGUGGUUGAGAAACACAAGGAGUUUGAGGAGCGGAGGUACGUUGAAACCCAGUGGAUCUCCACUAGGAUGUCAAGCAGUUCUACAGAUGACAUGAGAGAAGCUUAUUACAGGCUGAAGGACUUCUGCGAGAAGGAUCCAGAUCAUCAGGUCUCCCGGAAAACCUGGCCUGCUCUGAUCAGCAUCAGCGAGGACGACGGCACAGAGACGAGCGUGUCCAUGUCGUGGUUCGUCCCGCCCGGCACCGUCCUGCCAGCGACCAGCAACCCCAAAGUCACCGUGGAAACCAGAUCGGCCUCCACGGUCUACGUCAAGACCUUUGGAGGCACUCCAAACCACGAGCUUGCCCAAGAUAAAGUGAAGAUACUGCGCAAGGCCUUGGACGAAGCUGGGAAAUCCUUCGACCACCACACCUACGCCGGCGCGGGGUACGACAACCCCCUGAACAUCUUUAUUACACACCACAAUGAGAUCUGGAUCUACGAAGCCUAACCGAGUAAACUACACACAAUGCAAAUGUCUUUACAGUGAUGCUUGUUUUGUUCCUGAUUAUAAAUACUCACAAAGACAAGAAUUUAAUCGUUUUCACUUCAGCUAAUGCUUUAUUCUAACUCACUGUGAUGUAAAGUCAGAUGAGCAGAUACACUGUGAGGAGCCGGCAGGUGGACACGCCCCCACCUGGCUGCUGCUGCUCCAUGACACAAACCAGUUUCAGGAAUGUUGUCACUCAGGGUUGGGAGGGUUUAUCGAAAACCCCUAUUUGAUGUCUUGACAGAAGCAGCAGCCUUCACCUUGCCUCUGUGAUGAAUGGUGUCCGAUCACAAACGCCCCUAACAUGCGCUGAUGCAUAUCAAUAAAAGAAAGUCUUGCUGUUCAUCUUCCGCUGCCUGAGAACAAUAAAUUGUUGAUGAUUUUUA